AUGAAGUCUUCAUCAACGCUGCAGAAACCUGCAAUUUCAAAAGCAAAUAAGAAAUCAGAGCCGUUGAAUCCAACUAAAACACCAAGUGCAGAGAUCCGAAAGGAUGCAACCUCACCCUCUCAUGCAACAAUUACUAAAAAACGAAAUUUAAUGGAGGCUGAAGAACGACGAUCUUGCGGCUCCUCCUCUUCAACAAGUCAAAAGAAUGUUCAACAGUUGAAUCAAAAUAACCAAUCAAAAACUUCAACACUUCCAAGAUCAUCCUCCACAACAACAACAACCACACGAAAAACAUCAACAACACCCAAUAUUGACGAAAUGGCACGGAGAGCUUUUUUAUCGUCGGAACAACAAUAUUUGAAUGAACUAUCAAAGAGGAAACAACCAUCCACUCCUCCAUCAGCAAGCAAAUCUGUUCCGAGUGUAGAUAAUUUAUUUAAAAUUUCUAAAGAUGUGUUGCAUGAAAGAGUGGAUAAACCUGACGAAAAGGAAUUAUUGGCUGGUGCAAGUGAUUUGGAAGCAGUGAUCAUUGUUUCGACGGAGGCUCAUAUUAAAACAACUCCAUCUCCAGUGUCCUUGGACCCCAAUCAUUGUCACUUUUCAAUUUUGGAGCAACUGCAACAACGAAUACCGAUAGUUAAAAAACAUGUGGAGUAUAUUAGAAAUAAGGUCCUGGAAGAGGCAAGCCUGCCAAAAUCCAAGCUGAAACAACCUUCGAAAAAAACGAAACAAGCUAUUGCCAACCAAAAAGCAUUUGAAAAAUCACCGAUCGAGUUGCCAAUGAUUACCAGUACACGCAUGGCAAGACGGAAAAUUACACGAAUUGAACCCAUCUCGUCUAAAACCACCAAUCACACAAAAAUAGGUCAAAAUAUUGUCCUACCCUAUGAAUUGGUCAUUAACAUAUUUUCAUUUCUUCCUUGGAAAGAGUUGUAUACUGUCAUUAUGAGGGUUUCUAAAAAUUGGAAAGAGUUUGUGACUGAAUACGAAUAUUUCAUUAUAUGUGAACACAGCCGUUUGAAUUUUUUCUCCGCAAGCCAAGUAUUAAUUUGUUCCGGUUGUUACAAUGAAGUACCUGAACUCUGUAAAGCAUGCUCUCAAUGUUCUAACUCUAUUGAUGAUCAUGAAGACUCUGAUGAAUUGUCUGCAACAUCACCCGAGAUAUAUUAUAAGCGAAGAUUGCAAGCAAAAGUCGACAAAUGGAUACUGAAUUAUUGGAAAAAACAUCGAGAACAAAUCGAUGAGAUGAACAGGGAACCAGUCACCAUUUUGACAAGUGAUGCUAAUGAAAACCCCGUUAAUGAACCACGUUCUACGCCAUCAUUGGACAUUUCUAUUCGCUCUCUUUCACAGAAAUGCAAGGAAUAUAUAAUUUCUCAAAUUUUUCCAAAUACUUGGCAUUUGACAGGAAAAGGACUGACUUUACCAUUUGUAUCAAUGUUUAGAGAACAGUUAUCGUGUUUACAUUAUUUUCCAGCUGAAAGUGAAGAAAACAAACAAAAUACUAUUUCUCUCGAAAGCAAAACGAAGAAAAAGAAGAAGAAUACAGAAAAAACUAAGACACCAAUUUCAGAACUCGUUACUAAUUUUACAUUUCCAAAAUUGACACAAAUUUUUUGGAGCAACUCAACCCUAUUAGACGCCAUGUCUUUGAAUUAUACCACUGUUUCUAAUUUUCAUCAAAUGUUUGCAAAUGUUGAAAAAUUUAUUUCCACCCAGUCCUUAUUUUUUUCUUUGGACAUUUCGAAACUAUUUGAUAGCAAUAUGAACCGAUUGAGAAUUUUGGAUUUAAGCCAAUGCAAAUUAUUACAAAACUAUCAGCUUGAAAUACUUGCUAGAACAAUAGGAGAGCAUGCCAGAAAAUGUGAAUCUGAUAUAGUGGAUGAAAGAAAAUGUUUACGAAAGGUUAAUUUAUCAGGAUGUGGAUCAAUCACUCAAAACGGACUUCACGCAUUGGCAGAGCAUUGUGGUCGAACUAUCAAAUGUCUCCAUUUAAAUACGUAUCCAAACUGUAAAGAGAUUAGUUUGAACCAAAUACCUGCAACAUUUGAAGAAUUAGAGGAGUUGUCUCUCGAAGGAAAUUAUUCAUUCCACUCGUUGGCAAACCUUGUGAAUGCAUUAGUAAGAUGUAAAUUUGGGAGCAAGCUGAAGAUUUUGAAUAUCAAAAGCACCUUCAUAAUGCCACACCAUAACGAACUAGUAAGGAAAGGAGUUGCUUCUUCAAUCACGCAAACCACCACCAGUAGUUCUUCAUCAGCUUUAACUCCCUCCCCAAUCAUCGAUCUCAAGCACCAAUUGGUUCGAAUUUUUGAUUGGAUGCUCCCCAAACAACUCGAAGCAGUCAAGAAGUGUGAUUUGAAAUUGGUCUUGACAGAUUUAGGAGAGUUUUAUUACCAAAGGAAUCACAAGAGAAAUACCUCUUCUAGAUUCGUGUGGCGAAACCGAGUUCAUCCAUUUGAAGCUGUAGCCAUGUCAAGAUCUGCUAGUGGAUGUUAUUUGGAACAAAUUUAA